AUGCCGCAGCUGCGCCUGCUGCUGCUGCUGCCCCUGCAGCGGUACACGCUGGACCUGUCCAGGCGCCGCCCGUCGCUGCCCCUAUUCAGCCGGCCAACGCGGGUGUGGGCCGUGGUGCUGGAGGCCGUGGCCGGGGUGGUGGACGUGGUGGUGGCCCAGCAGGCCGCAUGGCCGGACGCAAUGGUCCAGGACUCCGGCCCCAUUAUGCGCCGGGCUUCCUGGGUGGAGGCGCCACCGCCAGUGUACGACACCGCGGCCACUGGCUUUGGCCUGCCGCGGACGCCGCUGCGCGUCUUGUCCAUUGGGCAUGGCCAAGCACGAAAGCCAACGCCCGUACAACACCCGCAGCAGCAGCAGCAACAACAACAACAACAACAACAACAACAUUAUCCAUUGCAAGAGCAUCCGAUGCACUUGCGCGCGCGGCAGCCGCCACAGCAGCAGCUGGAGCAUGAUGCAAGGCAGCCAGGUGGCGCGAUGGCAACAGCGCCGGUGGCGCAGCUGCCAGCGGAUUCUGGGACCACCAACGAGUCACCUUGGCCACAGGCGCACGCACCGUCGCGAGCCAUGAUGCGCAAUGCCUUGGAUGCCACAUUAGGCAACGGCCGUCGGGAUGCAAGUCGUACGGCAUUACGGCUACAGCCACAGUCCAGCGCAGCCGCCGCCGCUGGCGAGACGUCGCAGCUACAGCACCUAGACGGGGAAGGCAAUGGCAUCGAUUCUCCAAGACCUCUAUCGGACGCUACUGCCGUCAUCAUGGUGUACGGCCGAGGUCAACCAUGUGACGACACAGCCGCCGCGUCGAGAGGACCUGCUGGCGGCGCUGAUGGGAGCGAGUUGGAUGUGGCUGGUGGUUGGCUUGAGGUGCCGUACAGGAGCAGCGGUAACACGGUUUGCAGUGAAUGCUUUCCCCUCCAGCCGUCAGAACCUACCGCCACUGCUGUAGCUACAGCUGGUGCGUUAACGCCUGUGGCGGCGGCGGCGGGCUUGCCAGCUACUGCAGCUGUAGCAGGCCUGGCGACAGAUGACAGCCUUGAAACCGAGGCCGCUGCCGCCGCCGCCGAAAUUGCGAAUCUCGCAGGCCACGUCGGCGCUGGGUUCAGCCGUACAGUUGACUUGCCGCGGUCGCACAGUAUGGCCAAGAAUCGCGCCGAAGCUGAGGCCGACGCGGGCAGCGGUGUCAGCGGCGCCGGACUGGAAACCGUGUCGUACCGUUGCCCUCGCUCCACGUCAGCACUUCGACGACGGCGGCCGUCGGGGCGUGCGGGCUUGCUGCUGCCUGGGCAAGUUGCGGACGGAGAUGGGGGGACGGCGGCGGCGGCUGCUGCUGCCGCCGCCGUCACCGCUGCUGACCGCGCAUUGGAAGACGAGACCGAUUUUUUCAUGAACAGCAGAAGUGGCGGCGUUGGCAUUACUGCGAGAGCCAUCUCCAAGGAGCUAGACUGGUGGAUAAUGUCAUCCCAAGAUUAUAUCAACGAACUGAAUGACGCGCCGGCGUCACCCGGCCGCGGCGGCGGGGGGGGCGGCGGCGGCGGUGAGGGUUCUGUGGGCUUGCGGCGGCGGCAGCGGCGGCAGCGGCGGCAGCGUCAGGGGUAUAGCAGCGGCGGCGGCGGCGGCGGCGCGCCGGAGGCGAUUUGGUCCUCCUCAGCCGCCGCCGCGGCAGCGGCGGCGGUUGCCCGUAAAAACAGCAGCAUCAGCAGCAGCCGCGGCUCCUCCGGGCUCGAUUGGGGGGACGGGAUAUGGAACCAGCGGCGGCGCCGCCGCGGCGGCGGCUUCGGCAGCUUGUACGCGUGCUUCUGGGAAGUUCGCAAUUUCGGUAUUCGGGGGUUACUGAAGACUGGCAGCGUAUGGGAUGGCUUUGACAAAUAUCUGCCGCUAUUUCUCCCUUCGAAAGUCAAAGACAGUUGGGACGCAUUGCUGCUGGCGCUAUUGCUCUACACAGCCGCCAUGGUUCCGUUGCAGGCGAUGCUGACCGGUGACAAGAACUCCCACGUGGCCUCCUUGUUGACGUUGCUCCGUCUUGUACGGCUGCUCAAACUUGUCAGGUUGGCCCUGGCUCUUCGACCAAGUGCGGAAGGCUGGUACAACCACCACCACCAGCAUCAUUACGGAGUACAGCUAGGAGGAGAGUGCUUCCUGGCGGUCAUUAUUCCCGUUGGGGUCUAA